CAACAAAGAUAGAUAACUAUGGACCAGGAGAGCGAUUAUACAGACUGCAUACAAUACGGGCCUCUACAGACAAUCGACGAGGACACUUUAUACGAUACCAUUGUGCCUACGAUAAGUAAUUUAACGAAAUCCGAAAUUCUUGACGUACCUAAUUUUAUCGACGAUUUCGAGGAGGUUUCGAUCGACGGACGCUCGUCGACGUCUGUCCCGAUAACCGACAUCGACAGCUCAACGGAGACACUAUUUACAUGUAAACCCUGCAAAAUCUAUUUCCCGAUAGAAGAUAUGUUUGACAAGCACAUGAGUAUGGUCCACAGAAGAGAUAUGUUGCCGGUGGAGAGAAAGAGAAGAAAAACGAAAAGUAUCCUUGAGCGACUGAAGGAGAAAGCUGGUGGUUAUCGUAAGAAUAAGCACGAGCUGUAUGUGUGUAAUUAUUGCUCGUACGCAUCGAAUGUUCAGUCGCAAGUGUCUUCGCACGUGGCGCGUAAACACGGAAAUAUCAGAAAAUCUGUUGCCGUCCGCACGCAAACAGUUACCGUGGCAAUCGAGCCUGCACAUUUGGAUGUAAAGGAUGAGCCCUUGGAAAUGGUGGAUGAUGAAUCGAAAGACGAAAUCGCACUGCUGAAAGAGGAUGAAGAAAUAUUCGACUCGGACGUGGCAAUUAUGACCGAGGAGAUCGAAGAACUGGAUGAGAAGGAUGUAGGAAUUAUCGACGAAGACGAUAUAGAAAUUCAUACGGACGUGGAAUUUCUCAAUGUCGACGAUUACGACAUCCUGCUGGACCAACAUGAUAAACCAGCGACUAUCCCGAAAAGAAAAUUGUACAAUUGCCCGCACUGCGAGUUCCAAGCGACGAGGAGAUCAUUCAUGAACGCGCACUUGACUCAAGAGCACAAUAGCGAAUGGAAAGAAGCUGUGAGCCAGCAAGAUAAUUCGGCGAGCAACGAGAUUACCAAGCAAUACGUACCGGCAAUUCGCAAUCACGCCUGCUAUUACUGCCAUUUCGCUGCCACGACGAGAUCUACCUUGAACGCUCACACCCGCCGGAAACACCCCGGCUACCUCCAGCCAAUUAAAUCCCGCAAGCAGCCGCCCAUGGAGAUGCACUGCGACGAGUGCGAUUUUUCAACCACCGAUCGUCACAAGAUGCAGAUGCACAUCGAGCGCAAACACGUGACCGAGUGCCGCUACACUUGCGAGUACUGUGGCAAGAAGUUCAAAGUCAAAUGCGACCUCACCUCCCACAUACGCUUCCAACAUUUCAGGACACCAACCGUGUGCGACGUGUGCGGCAAGAUCUGCAGCAACAGCAAUGCCCUGCGAGUGCAUCAGAAGCGCGAGCACUAUAAGCCCGACUUCGAGUGCAGCAUAUGUAAAAGACGAAUGGUAUCGCAGGAGAAUCUUGACGAGCACAUCCAGCGUCAGCACGAGCAGAGAACGAAAUUCAUCUGCGAGCAGUGUGGCAAGAUCUUCGAUCAGCAGAACAAGCUGAGGCAGCACGCGAUGACGCACACGGGGGAGCGACCGCACAAUUGCCACGUGUGCGGCAAAUCGUUCGCGAGAAGGGCCGUAUUUCGGCAGCAUUUGCUCAUCCACACGGGCCAAAGACCAUACGUAUGCGACAUUUGCGGCAAGAGCUUUACCCAGAAGCCGGGGCUUAUUUGCCAUAGAAAGAUGCAUCCAGGUGAUAAGCCACCGCUGCCCGUCGUUUAUAUUGAUCAUAUAUUAGAUAAGUUUGUGCAGAAAACGGACGACAACAACGACAUUUAAGCGAGAUCGUCUGUCUCGUUGUGCUUAACACGCUUGCCCUUCACGAUUUUCACUCUCGAUAAAACAUUUCCUCUAUUUCUUCAACUACUCAAUAUUUUUAAUUUGCCGACUUGUUGUGGAUUUUAAUUAACUUGAAAAGC